CCCUAAGUAUGGCGCGUUUUAUAUUUUAUUUUUAGGCGUCGCUAAUUUUACGUAUAGUUUUCGAAUCUCACCAAUGGAAAAAAAUAGAAAGACGAGUUUCAGAACUCAAAGUAUUAAAAGGUUUUUAUCGCCCCAACCGUCAAAUAUUCCGUGUAAAAAGCCCUGCAAGACGAGUGUUAAAAUUGGGCCCAAAAGCAAGGUGCGCGGAGCUUGUCUCGUUGCGCAGAAUGAUGAAAAUUUUGACGAAAUGGAGGAGAGGAAAACUGACAGCAAUAAUGGUGUUGCGGGUAAAAAUGAGCCCCAAGAUUCCAGCACCACUUGCGCCUCACAGCACAAAUUCGAUUGGAAUAGCUUUGUGCGGGAUCCUGGGGAGCUUAGCGAAGCAUGUUAUCCUGUCACAUUAAAUACCUUUAAAACAAUGACAUACAGUAUUAAUGUUGCCCAACGCAUACUUGAGGACAUUAAAAAUGCGACCGGCCUCGACUUCUUGAGCGAUCAAUUUAUGGUAGACCGAGUUUUGAAAAAUUAUUACAAAAAUUUUUAUGAGCAACCACAAAUUCGUGAUAUUUAUAAGCUGGAGACAAAAGCGUGUCCGGUGUUUGUAAAAAAGAAAAUCAUGCAAAUACCAAAAUUAGAUGGAAAGGGGGGAGUUGCAAGUACAGUAGAAGAAGCAAAGAAUUCUGAUGAUAACAAUAAAUCAAUCCAAGUCCAGCCAGCUGAGCACGUAGGUCAAGUGGUCAAACCGAAGAAAUUCGAGCUCGUGGUAGCACAAUCCACGAAAACGCAAGCAAACAGCCUAUCACCACAAAGUACAAGUCCAUUCAGAACCAUAAAUCGUAGGAAUAUAAUAUUCAUUGCGAAAAGAACAGAUCUUGCUGAGUCAAAUUUAUUACUCAACCAUAUAAGACGUCAUGUCCAAGAUGUUGAAAAACACCAAGAGAUAUUGGAAAGAAUUAAAAUUGACGUUUUUCGACAAACGAAACCAACUCAACAUAAUCUAUCAGAUCAAAAUGCGGAAGAAAAAAUGUGUUUGGAUGAGUCUGAGGAAGAGUUGUCUAACAUUACUGUAAGCUCUCAAAACACAACCACUUUAAACUUGGCAAGACAGCGCAUUCAAGACGCCAAAGAAUUAUUUUUUCGUGAAUACGAUAAGUCAAAUACACUUGCAUAUGCAUUACGUUUCCACCAAGGCCUCAAGCGUCGCAUAAUUGAAGUUAUUCUUAAAAUGACCUUCGAAGAAUUCAAGGAAUAUACAAGAAUACACAAUGCACCAGAAAUUUAUGAUGAUGAUGAAUUUCUGGGCGGAUUUUAUGAUUAUGCAAUUAAGGAGCCACAAAUAUGGCCUAUAAAUCUUUAUAUGCCGUUAAGCGCCCUAUUUGAGUUUCUCAAAUUAAAAGGUAUUACACUUUCUGAUUAUAGUUUAGAAGAUGUUACGCCAAUACUUUUGCAUUGGAGUGAACUGGCCUGCACUACUAAUUUUGAUAACGUUAUGCGUUGGGAUUACUAUCGUUGUAAGGGUGAACAUUUAAAAAAAAACGAAACUUUGGAUGGGUACCGUAAAUUAUUUUAUGAAAAAUGUUGGUUGCACAAUAUUUGGGUGCGGAAGUCACCAAAUGUGCAAAUAAAAAAGCAGGCCAGAGAAAUACUAGAAAAAGAAGUUGAGAGGGAAAUGCCAAAAGAAGUAGCCAGUCAGGUUGAGGAGGAAGCUUGCGCGGCUGAGGUGAGCAAUAAUGACGAAGUUGGAGAAAAAGCAGCAGUUAGCAAUAAUGAUAGCGCAAAAGUGCAGAAUGUUUUAGCAGCCAUUGAAACAGUAGCCGAAGGCGCGAUUCAGUUAGGUACUGACAAUGUUGAGCCGCCGAAGCCCAUGAAUGUAGAGAAUGUUGGACACAUAGAUGAGGGGAACGCCGAUACGGAGAUGCAAGAUCUUGGAGAUAAACGGGAAACGCAUCAAGUAAACAAUGAUAAAGAGCACCAAGCAAUAUCGAUUGAAGAAAUAGAAGUCAUUAAGCAGGAAAGAAAUUGCGUAGUAAAAGAGUCUGCAAGAACAGAAACUGCAAUAGCGGCAUUGGAAGAAGAAACAGUCUCAGACCAAACUAUUGUAAUGGCCAAUGGAGCCACGACCGCACAGACAUGUCUUACUGAUGCUGAAAAUUUAACCUUGACGGCAACACAGGGAGUUUUAGGCCAGAAUAUGAAUAGUGCGGAGCAAGCACGCUUACAGCAAGCAAUAGAUCUGUAUUUUGCAACAGUUGAGAAUUCAUGUACGCUUCCUUAUCUCCUACACUAUCACAGUGGUCCGAAACGCAGAGUAAUUGCCAGUAUUCUAAAUAUGUCUUUCCCAGAGUUCAAACAAUAUACGCGUAUAUACGAAGCAGCAGAGAUUUAUGAAAAUGUAGAACUAUUAAAGCGUUGCUAUGAGCACACAAUAAAAUCACCUCAAGUGUGGCCCAUUAAUCUUUAUAUGCGUCUAUCAGAUGUCUUUCAGUACCUUAAAUCAAAGGACGUUGCACUGCCUGAAAUCGGUUUAAAGUAUAUUUCACCGAAAUUAUUCCAUUGGCGAAAUUUAAUUGCGACAACAAAUUAUGAUCAUAUAGUCAUUUGGGACUACUAUCGAAGUACUGGUAAAAAAUUCAAUCGAAGUAAUACUUUUCUUGAUCCAUAUCGACAGUCAUUUUAUAAAAAGUGUUGGUUCCAUGACAAAUGGAUAUGGUAUACGCCAAAUAUUUUAACUAAAGUAAUGAGAUGCAUAACGAACGAGCAAAGCACGCCGGCAGAAAAUAAUGAAAGUUCUAUUUUUGAAAGAUCAGUUGGGUUGCACGCCGUAGAGCAGGUACAGGAAACCAGCACACCUAAUGUGACUACCGAAGUUGUAAGCAGAGGUGACGAACCAGCUGUGGCUUCGGAUUGCAAGAUGCCUAGAACUGUUGAGACGGGAAUUCAAACAUCACAGAGACUUCUUGGAGAAUAUUUAAAUUUCGGAUUGCAAGCAACUACCCGCAACGAGCCAGUAAACUUUGAAAAUCCCGCAACUACUUUUCUGCCAUGCGAAAUCAUCAAACAAGAAAAACUUGUGCCUCUCAAUAAAUUGCAAUUUAAUCUAACUGAGGAUGAGGAAAAUUACGAAUGUGUGCAAGCGCCAGAUGAGAUAGUUGUUUUAGACACUACUGCUGCUUCAAGCCAGUCACAAGACAUAACGCUACAAGCGCCACUGUCGAAUUCCGAAAAUUUGGUUACACAUGAUGUCAAUGUGUUAUUCUCGAGCGGCUCCAUGGAUAUAAGUAAUUUAUGCAACUGGCCGCUAGCACCUACAGAUAGUCAAAGUCAAAACUCGAAUGAAUUUAACACACUUCAGAACCGAACGGAAUUUAGCGAAAAUAUUAAUCAACAAAGCGAACAAGAGCAGCAGAAAGAAAGGUCACUGUCGCAGGAGCAUUGCUUGGAGGAAGUACAAACGCAGCAACAAGAGCAAACGCAGCAAAAACAGCAAGCGCAUCAAAUUAUACAACAAUCUUCACAAAAAUUGCAAACAAAGCAACAAGCAGACCGGAUUUCGAUACAAGAAGUGCAAAUACUAUCGGGGCCACAACAAAUCUGGAAAGAUAUUGCAAAAACAAAUAAGCAAGCGAAUGCGCCUAUUGAAACACAAAUAUCACGGUUGAAGGAGGAUCAAGCAAAAGUUCAGCAACAGGCAGACGCAAAUCUAAAGCGUACGAAGCAUCAGCAAGCGUUACAAGAACAACAAGAACCUCACUUAAUGCGUGUAAAGCAAGAGAACGCGAAGACAACAACAACAACUUCAAAGCAACAAAAGCACACUGAUGCUCCAAUUGCUGUAACCCGAAUCAUUCAAGAAAAUCCACAAUUCGAGGAUGUUACUGAUUUACAAAUUUCAAAUAGUCAAAGUCAUCCAUCAACUAAUGCACAAUUUCGGCGAACAGAGGAGCAAAAACAAGGAACCAAGCAAAUAUUAGAAACACCAAUUCAGCAACAGCGAUGUAGAGACGAAGGAGAAAGCUAUCAGAAGAUUCAGCAACGGCCGCAAGGAGAAUCUCAAAUACCGCAGUUAGACAAAAGUGUAGAGCGACCGCAAGAGCAACAGAGACAAGUGCAAACUCUAGCAAAGGAACAACUAUCGCCAGUACACCAACAAUCAUCAAACACACAGCCAAAACAACAGCUAGCAGAAGUUUGCGUGGAGCAACCAAUACAACAACUACAGCAAGAACAAGACAUUGAAGCACAACUGGAAGCUCUAUUUGGCGAAAGCACGGAAAUGCGGCCGCAAGAAAUUCAACCAACUGUGACGCCACAGAUUAAAGAGACGCCAAUCAAAUUAGAGUUUCAAAAGCCGCCAACUCAAUCCACCCAUGCAAUAAUCGAAUACCAAUUAGCGCAAGAACAAGCAUUGCAGGCACAUGUGAAUUGCAAUGAUUCGACAGAAGCUUAUACUAAAGUCGAGAUCAUUUCACAACAUGUGCAAUCGCAGCAACAGCAGCAGGAACAGCAACCCCAACUCGCCCAAACCCAAUUAAUAUUGCAACGUACACACACUCAAGUGGAAGAACAGCUUAUGCUUAGACCUUGCAGUUUGCCACAACAGAUGGCAAUACCUGUGCAACCUCUAACCAAAUUAUCUCGGCAACGAACAUCAACAUCUACGUGCACUACAAAAACUAAAACUGUUAAAACUACAAAGGCCGCUGCUACACGAAAAGCAGUCACAAAACAAAGUGAUUUUGUACCACAAAUCACACAUAAU